UUACGAACAUUUCUCAAAGCUGGUAUGCUCAAGACGAUAUAAUACUUGCCCGAUUACUCUGAGUCUCCAACCAAAAUAUCCACAAAGACAGUCCCGUCUUCCGAGAUGGCAUCCCAACUUUUACCUUUAGAACUCAUCGACAAGUGUGUCGGCUCAAGGAUAUGGGUCAUUAUGAAGGGUGACAAGGAAUUCAGCGGAACACUCCUUGGUUUUGACGACUACGUCAACAUGGUUCUAGAAGAUGUCACCGAAUUCGACUACUCUGGAAAUCACACGAAGCUCUCCAAGAUACUACUGAACGGCAAUAACAUCUGCAUGUUAAUACCGGGAGGAGAGGGUCCUGUAGAUACAUGAUUGCGCCCGAAACCAAUUCAGCAAUUCCACGGCCAACUAGGAGAUACUAUCGACGACGACGCAUAACU